AUGGUUACUAUUUAUUUUUCCGUUUCUGUGCCUUUCCCGGUUUUGGAUGACCAAUUUGUUUUUGUAACAGGGUCAAGUAAAAAACUUGGCUAUUGGAAGGCUAAUAAAGCCUUAAAAUUGAAGAAGGACAAAGACGAUCGUUGGGUUGGAAUUGCUUAUUUGUAUGAGCCAAUAAAUUUUAUUUAUUUUAUUGGACAUUAUAUUAAAUCUGAAAAGGAAAAUGAAAAAGUUUUGGCCAUAUUUCAAUGGGAAACAUUAGUAAAACCUCGUAGUUUGGAAUUUAACGAUGUUUUCUGCUACAGACGUGUCAAGUUGCGUGAUGUUUUUGGUGAGGAAGGGGAGGAUUUAAAUUACAAUUCCGGUGGAGAUAUGAACCAAGUUGCGUUGAGGGUGCCUGGUGAUUCGUUAAAAUUGUGUAGGAAAAGGAAACUUGAGGAUUAUGGGGUUGAACGACUCGAUUUGGAUCAGAAAAAGAAAAAAUCAAAAUCCACAAGAAUGGUAACCCAUGAACAACUUCGCGAAAAAGAUGAUAUUAUUAGAGACAGAGAUGUUCAAAUUAAUAAAUUACAAAUGAGAGUUAAUUUUCUUGAACAAGAAAACCGUCGAUUAGAAAAUGAUAAACGUGUUUGGCAACGUUUUGCAGAAAAAUGUCUGAAUAUAGCAGAUCAAGCUAUGCAGCGUGUACCUCGACAAAAUAAUCCUCAACGACCUCAACCAAAUAUGGCUAAUGUUUUUGAUCCGGCUAAUGACUUUCAAACUGCUGGUUAUGGUUAUGGCAAUCAGCCGCCUCAAGAAUUGCCUCAUCAACCGAAUCAUCCACUGCCUCAGCAUUUUCCUCUUAAUUAUAACAUGCAACAACCCACUACAUAUGAGCACUUAUAGACAGCAUAAUCGAAGUAAAAAAAUUUUUUUUGAAUUUAAAAAUUUAUUUUUUGACAUUUUAACGUUCGAAAUUAAACUAAGUUUGUUUACAAAAACUGAUGUUUAUUGUUUCCUAUAUGGAUAUCAUUUAAAUUAUUUU